UCAGGGGAGGCAUCAAUCGGAUAAACAGAGCGUAGUUGAACUAAUACCAUAGAAUAAGCUAUAGAAAUAUUGAUGAGGAUUUCAUAACACAGCAAGCAUGUGUCAUCGUGUUGAUGAUGUUAUGAAGCUGUGUUGUGAGCUAUCUACCAAUCAGCAGAUCCAGACCACAGUGAAAGGCUCAGGGAAGGGAGCAGCAGCAGCUGGAGGACUGGCCUUUGCUGGGGGGUUGGUUGGGGGUCCUCUCGGUAUUGCAGUGGGCGGUGCUGUUGGAGGCCUUCUGGGAUGCUGGCUGACCAGUGGACAAUUCAAACCGCUGCCUCAGGUCAUAAUGGAGCUCAGUCCUCUGCAGCAGCAGAAGCUUUAUGAAGAUCUCAUGGUCAUCCUGGGAGACAUUCAGUGGACAGAUUUGGUCCAGCUUACUGCUCUGGUGAUGGGCAACACCACCCUGAAGCAGCAGCUGACGGCCGCUCUUCUUGGGUAUAUAAGCAAGGAGCUCCAGGCCGAUGUUCACUACAUGGAUUAGUGUCUGUGGAAACAUUGGAAAACCUGAUAUGUUUCCUAAGUGCUCUGGAGGAUGGAGUCUUUGAAAAUAAUGUGAACAAUUUUUUUUUUUAAUGAAGCUGGAAAGAUUGAAUGUGAAAUCACAUAUUGCAAUAUUAUAGACAUGGUUACAGUCCAGGUAACAGGUAACAUUGGUUAAAAAGCAAGUUAGCACAUGACUGAAUUAAAACAGCUGUAUGUCUGGGUUAAGUAUGAAAGGAAGUGCAAUUAUCUGUUGAAGGAAUUAUUUAUUUAUUAAGCCUUUAAUGGUCCUGAUGAUCAUGUCUGGCAUAAAAGUUACUCUGAAUGAACUAGUUGACUGCAGCUACAGUGAAGCACUGCUCUCAAAAUGCAGUCUGCUGUCCCAUUUAAAUACAGAGGAUUGUGUGAAAUAUUUUGAUUUGGUGUGAAUUUAUGAAGUGUAGGAAUUUACCAGCCUUUUUGUGUACAAUAUAUUUUCCUGCCAUCACUGAGUCAAUUCAAACUAUUUAUUGGUUUAAAUGCUUUCAUCAAUAAAAACAAAAAACACUAUA